UUUUAACAUUAAAUACCCUAUUCAAAUUAAGCAUGAUAUGUUUGAAAUAGAUUGAGCACUUGUUAUAACUAGUUAAAUUAUACAUUCUCUCAUAACGAGGUCAGCUAUUCAAGCAGUAAAAAUAAGCUCUUGCAGAAAUAUCGAGUAAGACUGCAUAUACUAAACAAUUAUGGUCAGAUUAUUUUUCGUAGUGAAAACUUUAGUGGAUCGAACUGUUAAUUUUACCUCUUCUCAUAGGUUUGUCUCGACUAUUAUCCCCCACCUUUAGUACUUAACUGAAUCAAUGUCAGACUAAGUCUAUUUUCUCUCAAAUCUCUUUCAAUUUCUUUUCUUAUAUUAUCCUCUUUUUUCUUGAUUCUAAUAUCCUUUUUAAUUUAUCAUUAUCAAAAUUCCUAUUCCUUUUCGUUUCUUUGUUCAAUAUACCUUUUUUUUUUGCAUCAAUAAGUCACUUGUAUUUCCAAGAUUCUACUUACCCAUCAUCCAAAUUCAUUAUUUUUUCAUAAAAAAAAACUCUUGUAGUGAAAAGAUUGAAUCAUUUUCUUGUGAGAAUAUUGGUAUUGGUAUUCCUUCUUGACAAACAUGUUGAAAGUUGGUGUUUUAGUAGUGUUUGUUUUUGUGGUGUAUUGGGUUGAUCAUAAUAUAGAUGUUGUUGAAGGAUUAGGAGUAAACUGGGGAACAAUGGCAACACAUAUGUUGGAUCCUAAAAUAGUUGUGCAAAUGUUGAAGGACAAUGGUAUUAAGAAAGUUAAGUUGUUUGAUGCUGAUAAAUCCACUAUGAAUGCACUUGCAGGUACUGAUAUUGAAGUUAUGGUUGCGAUUCCGAAUGAUCAACUUCUUGCUAUGACGGAUUAUGAUCGAGCUAAGGAUUGGGUCAGACGCAAUGUCACUCGUUACGAUUUCAAAAAUGGUGUCAACAUCAAAUAUGUUGCAGUUGGUAAUGAGCCAUUUUUGAUAACCUACAACAACUCCUUUGUGAACUUAACAUUCCCAGCUUUGCAAAAUAUCCAAAAUGCACUGAACGAAGCUGGUGUUGGGGACUCCAUAAAAGCAACUGUACCGCUUAAUGCUGAUGUCUAUUUCUCACCGGAGUCUAAUCCUGUACCAUCUGCUGGUAGAUUCCGGGCCGACAUUGCUGAACUAAUGACACAGAUUGUUCAGUUCAUGAGCAAGAAUCAAGCACCCUUUACAGUAAACAUAUACCCCUUUCUAAGUCUUUAUGCCAAUGAACAUUUCCCUAUUGACUUUGCUUUCUUUGAUGGUACUCCUAACCCUGUUAUCGAUAACGGGGUUGAGUACACCAAUGUAUUUGAUGCCAACUUUGAUACCCUGCACUCAGCCUUAAAAGCAGUUGGUUAUGGGGACCUAGCCAUCCUAGUCGGAGAAGUCGGUUGGCCUACGGAUGGUGACAAGAGUGCUAACUUAAACAACGCGUAUCGGUUCUACAGAGGACUGUUUGCAAAACUUGCAUCAAACAAAGGAACACCCCUUAGGCCAGGAUACAUUGAAGUGUACUUAUUUGGUCUCAUUGAUGAGGAUGCUAAAAGCAUUGCUCCAGGCAAUUUCGAGCGACACUGGGGAAUCUUUCGAUACGAUGGACAACCAAAGUUUCCAAUGGACAUAUCAGGACAAGGACAAGAUAAACAUCUUAUUGCUGCUAAAAAUGUGCAAUAUCUACCCAAAAGAUGGUGUAUGUUAAAUCCAAAAGCUAAAGAUUUAAGCAAACUUGCUGAGAGCAUUGACUAUGCUUGUACAUUUUCAGAUUGUACAGCAUUAGGAUAUGGUUCUUCUUGCAAUAAUUUGGAUGCUAAUGGAAAUGCAUCAUAUGCAUUUAAUAUGUAUUAUCAAGUUCAAAAUCAAUUGGAUGUGAGUUGUGAUUUUCAAGGACUUGCAAUGGUGACUGACAAGAAUUUAUCUCAGGGGACUUGUAAUUUUAUUAUUCAGACAGGUAUAUACUCUUUUUCACAUAAGGUUUUGCCAGAGAUUGUUGUGUUGUUAAGUGGCUUUACACUUAUUUUAAUGUAGAUAUAAGUAGGUGUGUGUGUAGAUAAAUUUACAAAUUUGUUGUUUUUGAUAAAUUUAUUUGAGGGAUUGUAUUCAAGACUAUGGGGUAUAUCACCCUUCAAUAAAAGUUAUACAGGAUUUGUGUUUU